AAAGAAGAAGAAGAGCGGAUAAAGAAGAGAACCAACAAUCAAAGCAAACAAAAAUCGAGUUAGAUCCGUGUGCGUAUCGGAAAUUGCGGAAGUGUAGUGCCCAAAAAAAGAAAACGGAAGCCGGCUAGUAAACGAUAACAAACCAACUACCCAGCCACCCAACCACCCACCCACCUACUACUCUCUCUUCCUAUCUGCUCUGGUGGCAAAUCACCUAUGAAUUAACGCGUGUGCCAGUCUCCAGUCUCCAGCAUUCAAGCAUCAUUCCAUCAGUCCGAAAGCGUGCCUGUGUCUACCGCCAAUUUGUUGCUGCCUCCUCGUCGACCUGCAUGCUCUUGGCCCGGCUAAAAAAACUGGCCCCCAGAAGACAGACUCUGUGCAUUUUGGGCUGUUUUUUUUGUUGCUGUGGUUGGCCAACGUCAAAUUCGAUUUUUAUGACUUUUGAAAGCGUGACUAAGACGUGAUUUAUGAUGGCGUGUGGUUUUUAAUAUUCAUGUGGACGCGCGCGCUCUUCCCCAGCUCCAGCUCCAGCACCGAUCCGAUCUCCAUCUCCAUCUGCAGCCCCAGCUCCGAGGAACCUGCGUAGGUGCGCCAAACAAUAAAAAAAAGGGUUGCAUCUUUUUGCAGCAACAGCAAGAAGCCCACGGGGCACAGACUCCACCGAUAUCCAGCUGUGUGUGUGCGUGGAUUCGACUUUUUUAUGGAUGCAGUUAAGCAUUUGAGUGCUGCUGCUGCCGCUGCUGCUGCGGCAGCAGAGAAGAGCUGCAACAGCGAUAUGCAGGAGAGCAGUGCAACAUCUGUGGAGGCGGCAGUCAAUGAAUUGGUGGAACUAGAGGGCAGUGCCACGGCCACAGCCACAUCCAAGGGACACAGUGGCUGCCCCAAGGAAUCCCCCACGACUGGGAAAGACUCCAACAACAAAUCCGACAAAAGCCACAGCAAUUCCAGCCCCAACAAAUCUGCGCCUGCCACAAAAUCCAGCAAUGCCGCAAUGGCGGCUGCCACCGCUGCCACAGCCGCGGCGGCCACCAAUGACCUUGCAGCGGCGGCUGCAGUGGUGCUCUCUUUACAGGGCACGAUGGUGAGCAGCCUUCAGCAGGCGGCCCUCCUUCCGGCCAAUUCCGCGGCGGCGGCAGCCCUCAAUCUCCAGGCUCUAGAAUCCUACUUGGCCCUGCAGCGGCUCACCGGCAAAUCGGAUGUCUUUCGAUUCAGCAACAAUCAGAACAGCAACAACAACACUGGGGCUGGGAGCAGCAACAGCAGCAGCAUUGGCAGCAGCAGCUGCCACAACGAGGCAGAGACCAGCAGCAGCAGCACUCUUCCGAGUCUCAUAGACAUCGCCAGCAUUGAGCUCAAGUCAAGCUGCUCAUCGAGCUCCUCAGUGGGGUCUGCUGUUCCGCCCAGCAAUGCAGCCGCAACCGGCAACACCUCCUCCUCCUCCCCCGGCAGUGGCAGCAACAGCACCUCUAACAACAACAACAAUAGCAGCAGCAACAGCCACACUUCAUGUGCCACCAAGUGCCUGCCACUGCCUUCGAUUGGAACUGUGAGUGCUGCUGUGGCAGCAGCUGCUGCCGCCGCUGCGGCCGCGGCCAAUCAACAAGCGGCCCUCGACUGUGCAACAGCCGCAGAGCUGGCCGCCGAGUGCGAUCUGCCCCUGCUUGAUGGAGAGGAUGCGCUGUCCUUCGAGGCCGGGGAUCUCGACAGCAGCUAUGGCAGCUUCAUCUUCAAUCCCACGACCUUUGGCCAGGCGGAAGCGGACACCUCGCUGCACUCCCUACAGGCCACCAUGUACCAGGACAAGAUGAGUGUGAUGGGGGGAGGAUCGAUGGCCGGAGGUGGGGCCGUGGAGGAGGGGGCCAGCUCCACGGCAGCGGCAGCAGCGGCCGCACAGCGAUCCAAGAAGCAGUUCAUCUGCAAGUUCUGCAAUCGACAGUUCACCAAGUCGUACAACCUACUGAUCCAUGAACGGACCCACACAGACGAGCGACCCUAUUCGUGUGAUAUCUGUGGCAAGGCCUUCAGGCGGCAAGAUCAUCUAAGGGACCAUAGAUACAUCCACUCGAAAGAGAAGCCCUUCAAGUGCGCCGAAUGUGGCAAGGGGUUCUGUCAGUCCCGCACUCUGGCCGUCCACAAGAUCCUGCACAUGGAGGAGUCGCCGCACAAGUGCCCCGUGUGCAACAGAUCGUUCAACCAGCGCUCCAACCUGAAGACCCACCUCCUCACCCACACGGAUAUCAAACCCUACAACUGCGCCUCCUGCGGCAAGGUCUUUCGCCGCAACUGCGAUCUCCGGCGGCACAGUCUCACCCACAAUCUCUCCGCCACGGGCGGUGUGGGUGGCAAUCUGAGUGAUCUAUUCGGCCCCGGCCCCGGCCCCCUUGGCUCCAGCUCUAGUUCCGAUCUGGGUAUGGGUCUGGCUCUACCUUUGGUUGGCGCAGCGGGCGGCUCCUCAGCCACUUCCUCCUCCUCAUCAAGGGAUCUGGUGGCCGUCAGCGAUUGAUCCAACUCCACUCUCAGAGCAUAUCCCACUCACUUUUAAGAUAAUCUCAUUUGCAGCUCUCAUGACACACGAGUCCCUCCACGAAGUCCCCCCACAGCUAACAGCAUUUAACUUACAGUUAGUUUAGCCGUAAGACAGGUUUAAGCCACGGAUAUUUGUGACGUAAGCUUAGCAGCAAAGUUUGACUUUAUAAGGAACUACUCGAUAUCGAUACUAUUACUAUAUGUCUAGUGCUUAAGCGAAAUUGUGAACUCUUA